AUGUUUGUUGGGAACCAGUUCUCCGACUGCAACGUUGAAGCUGAGCUGAACUGUCUCGCCCAAACCAUACACCGCGGCGCCGACAAUGAGGGUCUCAACGUUACUCGCGACAGCACAAAGGAUGAUACCGAUGAUGGCAACGACGUUGCCUCCAAUAAAGAACCAGCGUCUGCCAAAGAGAUCUGA